GCUUUUAUUUUGAAAUGCGUGCCCGCCUCCACCUGACAAUGACAGAGUGUUGAAAUUGUGGCUUCGCAGCAUUAAGACCCAAAACAUCAGAAAUGGAGACUCGCUUCACUAGAGGGAAGUCCUCCAUCCUGGAGCGCUCUCUGACCAGGCCUAAGACGGAGGUGAGCGUCAGCGCCUUCGCCCUGCUCUUCUCGGAGAUGGUGCAGUACUGCCAGAGCCGGGUGUACUCCGUGUCCGAGCUGCAGGGCCGCCUGGCCGACAUGGGCCAAGGUGUCGGUGCCAGUCUGCUGGAUGUUCUGGUGAUGAGAGAGAAAAACGGCAAACGAGAGACCAAAGUGCUCAACAUACUGCUCUUUAUCAAGGUGAACGUAUGGAAAGCCCUGUUCGGCAAGGAAGCUGAUAAACUGGAGCAGGCAAACGAUGACGACAAGACUUACUACAUCAUAGAGAAGGAGCCGCUGAUUAACGCAUACAUAUCAGUCCCGAAAGAGAACAGCACUCUGAACUGCGCAGCCUUUACUGGAGGCAUCGUAGAGGCCAUUUUGACUCACAGUGGAUUCCCAGCUAAAGUAACUGUGCACUGGCAUAAAGGAACCACGCUCAUGAUUAAGUUUGACGAGGCAGUUAUUGCUCGAGAUAAGGCUCUGGAUGGCAGAUAAGAGACCGUAGUGUAGUUCUGUGAGGAAAUUGCCUUGUUCCCUGACUGAUAUUGAAUUUCCAAUAGUCCAGUUUUUCAAAGGACACUGAUUGAGGCAGUAAGGUCAGCAAUGUCAGUGAGGGAGUGAGGGCAUGACGCUGUUUGAGAGAGUGCUGAAAGUGGACCACUUCUUUGGUCAGUUCAUGUUCCAUGUUUGAAUUUGCAAAAGUUCAACAAAAGAUCAAACAUCACUUGACAGCACAAGCUACAGUGUUGGGUUAGUAGUGAGGUGAGAGCAUGAUUGGUAAGGGGUCAGAAUUCAUUUGGAGUAGAACUGGACAGUAUCUAUCUUUUAUUAAAGGGCCCAUAUCAU